AUGCCGUUUGGAUUGUGCAAUGCUCCAGCAACGUUUGAAAGGUUGAUGGGGCUGGUACCUACCGGGCCAAUUGGCGAUGCCUGUCUGGUCUACUCGGAUGAUAUCAUCAUCGUAGGCCGUACGUUUGAGGAACACCUUCAAAACCUGGAACGCGUGCUCAUGAAUAUCCAGAGUGCCAACCUCAAGUUGAGUCCGAAGAAAUGUUCACUAAUCAAAUUGAAAGUUAGCUUUUUGGAGUAUGUAGUGUCGGAAGAAAGUAUCCGCACGGAUCCAGAGAAAAUUGCCUAUGUCAAGGAUUGGCCAGUUCCAAAAGACAAGACGCAGAUUAGAGAAUAUUUGGGUUUGUGCUCCUAUUAUCAGCGAUUUGUGAAGAAUUUUGCAGAUAUAGCCAAACCUCUGCACAAGCUAACCAAGGAGAAGCGACAUAUCUGCUGGGAUGAAAGUUGCGAUAUCGCAUUCCAGGAGCUCAAGGACCUUCUGUGCAAAACACCUAUUUAG